GGGCAAGGCAGACUGACAGUAUGGCGGCGGGAUACAGCUGGAAGGAUGCUACUGUCGCCCGUGAUGUGUCUUUCACCAUCAGAAUGUGAAUGGAGUAUUGACGUUCAAGUGGAAGGAUAUAGCUACAAAGGCCUGUCGCCGUAAACUCCAAGAUGGCCAGGCUCGCCGACUACUUCGUGGUGGUCGGUUACGACCUCGAUAAGAGAGGGGGCAGUGAGGGUCAGGGUCGCAUUCUCCAGCGCUUCCCUGAAAAAGACUGGGAGGACAACCCCUUCCCACAAGGCAUAGAGCUGUUCUGUCAGCCUAAUGGAUGGGAGUUGGUUCCAGAGAGGCUGCCCCCGUCGUUCUUUGUAUCGGUUCUGACUGACAUCAACUCGGAGCGUCACUACUGUGCCUGUUUCACCUUCUGGGAGGGCCUGGACAACCCUCAGUUGCAGAAGGCUGAAGCCAGCGAGGCGGACGAGGAUGAAGUGCCAGGAGUGCUUCAGCCAGCCCAGGUCUUCGCCCCCAAGAGCCUGGUCCUAGUGUCCCGCCUCGACCACACCGAAGUCUUCAGGAACUGCCUGGGCCUGAUCUACACCGUGCACGCGGACAGCCUCAAGGUCCCCUUGGAAACGGUGAUAGGGAACCUGCUCACGUGUGUCAUCCCCAUCGCCGGAGGCUCCCAGAUAAGUGGGUCCCCAGUGUGUAGUUUAGACUCACUUCCUCAUGCCCUAGCCUGUGACUGGCUGCUGGGCUGUCUCCAGCCGGGCCAGGAGGAGAGUUCUGAGAGUUUGAGGACAAUAACUCUGGGAGCGGGGGACAGGCAGGUCAUCCAGACGCCCAUCAACGAGUCCCUCCCCGUCAGCGGGAGCAGCGUGGCUCAGCUCUUCAGGCAGCUCGGUAUAGUGAACGUCCUGUGUCUGUUCUGUGCCGCUCUGACGGAACACAAGAUCCUGUUCCUGUCCAGCAGCUACCAGCGGCUGACAGACGCCUGCCGAGGCCUGCUGGCCAUCAUGUUCCCUCUCAAGUACAGCUUCACCUACGUCCCCAUCCUGCCAGGGAAGCUUCUGGAAGUGCUGAGCACCCCCACCCCCUUCAUUAUCGGGGUCAACUCCUUCUUCCGCUCCGAGACACAGGAACUGUUGGACGUGAUCAUCGCCGACCUGGACGGGGGCACGGUGACCAUCCCGGAGUGCGUCCACAUCUCCCUGCUCCCCGAGCCCCUCCUGCAGCAGACCCAGACCGCCCUCUCCAUGGUGUUGGACCCGGAGCUGGAGAUAGCCGACCAUGCCUUCCCCCCGUCCUCCACCCAGCCCUCCUCCCUCAAGAUCCAGGACAAGGAGAUCCGGGCCGUGUUCCUGUGGCUGUUUGCUCACCUCUUCCAGGGCUACCGCUGGUGCCUGCACAUCAUCCGGAUCCACCCAGAGCCCGUCAUCCGCUUCCAUAAGGCUGCGUUCCUGGGCCAGAGAGCUCUGUCUGAGGAUGACUUCCUGAUGAAGGUUCUAGACGGGAUGGCGUUCGCAGGGUUCGUCUCGGAGAGGGGGCCGCCCUACAGGGCCACCGAUCUGUUCGACGACCUGGUAGCCAAUCAGGUGGAGCGCGUCCGCCAGGAGGAGAGCUGCCCUCACAAAGUCAUGAAUCACGUCAAGGAGCUGGCCGAGCAGCUCUUCAAGAACGAGAACCCGUACCCUGCGGUGGCCAUGCAUAAGGUCCAGCGGCCGAGCGAGAGCCCGGGUCAGAACGCCCCCCAGAACAAGGAGCCCUUCCCCCCGCUGGACGACGUCACGGUCGAGCUCUUUGUCGACCACGCCGCCGCCAAGCUCAGGACGGCGCCUCCCGUGGUGAAGGCAGAGGUGAAGGGCAUGGUGCCCUCCGGACCCCCGUUGGGAGACAUCGUCGACAGGAACGGGAACGUCCUGGCUAACAGCGCUCGCAGGCUGGAGGUGGUCCGCAACUGCAUCACCUACAUCUUCGAGAACAAGAUGCUGGAGGCUAAGAAGCUGAUGCCAGCGGUACUGCGGGCGCUGAAGGGCCGGGCGGCCAGGGUGUGUCUGACCCAGGAACUCAACCAGCACGUGCUGCAGAACCGGGCCGUGUUGGACGACCAGCAGUUCGACUACAUCGUCCGCAUGAUGAACUGCACCUUACAGGACUGCUCCCACAUCGACGAGCACGGGAUCGCCGCCGCCCUCCUGCCCCUGGUCACCGCCUUCUGCAGGAAACUGGGGGCGGGCAUCACCCAGUUUGCCUACAGCUGCGUUCAGGAGCACAUGGUGUGGACCACCAUGCAGUUCUGGGAGGCCAUGUUCUACAGCGACGUCCAGAACCACAUCCGGGCCCUGUACCUGGAGACGGAGGAGGCGGAACAGCAGCUGAGCCCUUCCCAGGAGGUGCGUGAAGCGGGCGGAGGCCAGGGGCUGCUGAGCGCCCUGGACCUGGCGUCGGAGCAGAGCCGCCUGUGGCCCACGCUGAGCAAGGACCUGCAGACGGAGCGCGUGCAGAAGGAGGAGAGCACGGUGUUCAGCCAGGCCAUCCACUACGCCAACCGCAUGAGCUACCUGCUGCUGCCCCUGGACACCAGCAAGAACCGGCUGCUGCGCUCGUCCGGCCUGGGGGGGGACGUGGAGAGCGUCAGCAACAGCUACGUCACCAACAGGUACACCAACAGCAUCGCUGGGAGCAUGGCGGAGAGCUAUGACACGGAGAGCGGCUUCGAGGACGCCGAGGUGUCGGACGUGGCCAACUCGGUGGUGCGCUUCAUCAACCGCUUCGUGGACAAGGUGUGCAACGAGAGCGGCGUGACCAACGAACACCUGAAGGCCCUCCACACGAUGAUACCAGAUAUCGUCCAGAUGCACAUUGAGACGUUGGAUGCAGUCCACAGGGAGAGCAAGCGACUGCCGCCGAUCCAAAAGCCCAAGCUGCUGAGGCCUGUCCUGCUAGCAGGGGAGGAGCUGGUGAUGGACGGCAUGCGGGUACACCUGAUCCCGGACGGGCGCGAGGAGCCCACGGGGGUGAUGGGGGGCCCCCCCCUGCUGCCCGCCGAGGGCGCCAUCUUCCUCACCAACUACCGCCUCAUCUUCAAGGGAACGCCCACCGACGCUCUCGUCGGGGAGCAGGUGGUCACGCGCUCGUUCCCCAUCGCCUCGCUGACCAAGGAGAAGAAGAUCUCCGUCAGCCUGCCCAUGGACCAGUUCAUCCAGGAGGGACUGCAGCUACGCUCCUGCACCUUCCAGCUGAUGAAGAUAGCGUUCGACGAGGAGGUGGCGUCGGACCUGGCCGAGGUGUUCAGGAAGCACAUGCACAAGCUGCGCUACCCGCAGCACGUCCAGGGCACCUUCGCCUUCACCGUGGGCCAGGGCAGCAAGAUGGUGGUGGAGCACAAGACCAAGGACAAGAACCAGUCCCUGAAAACUCUGUCCAAAAACCUGGUGAAGAGCGCCAAGCGGACCAUCGGCCGGCAGUACGUGACCCGGAAGAAGUACGCCCCCCCGACCUGGGAGAACCGGGGAAGCCUGCAGUCCGAGCUGGACGAAGACGACCUCUCAGUGUCAGAAGAGCUGGACCAGAGCUCCCUCACCCUCUCCUCCACCAUCCGCUCGUCCGACAGGCAGACCAUGAGCAACGUGGUGGAGCGGGCCUGUUGCCGGGACUACCAGAGGCUGGGUCUGGGCACGCUCAGUAACAGCCUGACCCGCUCCAAGAACGAGCCCUUCCGCAUCUCCACCGUCAACCGCAUGUACACCGUCUGCAGGAGUUACCCAGGCCUGCUGAUCGUGCCUCAGAGCAUCCCAGACACGACCAUCCAGCGGAUCUCGCGGUGCUACCGGCAGAACCGCUUCCCGGUGGUGUGCUGGAGGAACUCGCGGACCAAGGCCGUCCUGCUGCGCUCGGCAGGCCUGCACGCCAAGGGAGUGGUGGGCUUCUUCAAGUCCCCCAACAACCCCACCGCCGGCCCGUCCCAGGCAGACUCGACCAGUCUGGAGCAGGAGAAGUACCUGCAGGCCAUCAUCAGCUCCAUGCCCUCCUACAGCGAGCCCAGCGGGAGGAACACACUCAGUGGCUUCACCUCCACACACAUGAGCACCUCAGACUCGUCGGACAAGCUGAGGCAGCCCAAGAUCGGAGUCCUGAUGAAGCAGGUGAUGGGGAACAAGGAGGACAUCCCUGGAACCUUCAGCAGAGGAGCUCUGGGUCAGAGGGCAAGGGUCAUCUCCCUCUCUCAGCCCAAAGUCUCAGGCAAGGCCAGGAACUCUCCCAGAGGCAAGUGGGGCAGCAUCCGGGGCAGCGGGCGUCUGAGUGCCUACAACCCCGACAUCGGGACCAGGCUGGCGGGGAAGGAGUCUCCCCAGCCCAACGGGGGGCCCAGCGACGCCCUGCUCUUCAGACAGCAGAGGGCCUACCUCUACAUCAUAGGGGACAAGGCCCAGCUCAAGGGAGGGAAGCAGGACUCGUUCCAGCAGUGGGAGGUGGUGCCCAUCGAGGUGUGUGACGUGCGGCAGGUGAAGAACAGCUUCAAGAAGCUGAUGAAGGCGUGCGUGCCCAGCUCGGCCACCAGCGACCCCAGCAUGACCUUCCUCCGCUGCCUGGAGGAGUCGGAGUGGAUGUGUCUGCUGAACAGGGUGCUGCAGGUGUCCGUCCUGGUGGUGGAGCUGCUCGACACAGGGUCCUCCGUCAUGGUCAGCCUGGAGGACGGCUGGGACGUCACCACGCAGGUGGCGUCCCUGGUGCAGCUGCUGUCUGACCCGUACUACCGCACCUUCGACGGCUUCCGCCUGCUGGUGGAGAAGGAGUGGCUGUCGUUCGGCCACCGCUUCAGUCACCGCGGCGCCCAGACGCUGGCCAGCCAGAGCAGCGGCUUCACCCCCGUCUUCCUGCAGUUCCUCGACUGCGUGCACCAGAUCCACCUUCAGUUCCCCAUGGAGUUUGAGUUCAGCCUGUACUACCUGAAGUUCCUGGCCUACCACUACGUGUCCAACCGCUUCAGGACCUUCCUGCUCGACUCGGACUACGAGCGCAUCGAACUGGGAGUGCUGUACGAGGAGAAGGGCGAGAGGAAGAACCCGCAGGUGUGUAAGUCCGUGUGGGACUACAUCGACCGGCUCAACAAGAAGACCCCCGUCUUCUACAACUACAUGUUCUCUCCAGAGGAUGAGGAGGUGCUGAGGCCCUACAGCUACAUAUCCAACCUGAAGGUGUGGGACUUCUACACGGAGGAGACCCUGUCCGAGGGCCCGUCGUUCGACUGGGAGCUGGUGAGGGGCCGGCAGGAGCGCCUGGCCGAAGAGGCCCCCCCCGACAAGCCCGACACGUCGGGGCCCAAGUCCCAGAGACACAUCGUGUGGCCCUGCUACGACAGCCGCAGCAGAGUGGUGCCCGACGCCAUCACCAAGCUGCUGCAGGAUCUGCAGGGUCUGGAGGCGGAGCUGGGCCAGGUGUCCGAUAAGUGGAAGGAAACGUGGGAUAAGAUCAAGAACAGCCAGAGGGCCGAGGCCAAGCUGGAGAGCAAGCCGUCCUUCUCCAGCUCCCUGCUGAUGUCGUCCAACCUGAGCCACCAGCGGCGCUCCCAGGGCGUGUACCUGCAGGAGAGCGGCCGCGGCUCCUCCAUCAACCUGGCCAUGGACUGCGAGGCCAGCGCCACCUCCACGCCCAUGCCCGGGCGGCCCAGCACCAGCACCCUCUACAGCCAGUUCCAGAGCACCGAGAGUGAGAACAGGAGCCACGAGGGGAUCCUGUUCAAGAAGGGUGCCUUAUUGAAACCGUGGAAACCGCGCUGGUUUGUUCUGGAUAAGACCAAACAUCAGCUGAGAUACUAUGAGUCCAGGAAGGACAAGGAGUGUAAGGGGGUGAUUGAGCUUGCGGAGGUGGAGUCUGUCAUUCCAGGCACGCCCACCAUGGGAGCGCCCAAAAACAUAGAGGAGAAAGCCUUCUUCGAUCUCAAGACGACCAAAAGAGUGUAUAACUUCUGUGCGCAGGACAGCUUGAACGCACAGCAGUGGAUGGACCAUGUCCAGAGUUGCCUCUCAGACGCCUAGAGAGGGGCGGGACUCCCAGAGAGGACUGGACCAAUCCAGCGCAGGAACAAACGAGCAGUGUCGAGGCGUCCGAUGGACAUGUCUGCCGGCCAAUCCCCCACCGAGCUCGUCCCCCCCUCCAGAAGAGAGCGGGAACGGGAUCGGAGAGGGGGCCUCUCUAACACUUAAGCUCUGUUCAGUGUCGGUAGCGUUGAACUGACAAUGUUGCAACAGGAAACAAACAAAAAAAAAAGUUUAUUUGUUUUUGUUUAAAAAAAAUAAGAAAAGGAAAACAAAAAAUAAGAAAAGAAAAGGACAUCCCCGAAUGACCACUUGUUUCACUGCGUGGCUGCAGUCGCUCAUCUCCGGUAGUCUGACCACUAUGUGUGCUGGAUGUCUAUAUGCAACUAUGGAGCUAACAAAAUAUCGCAUGAAAUCCUCGGUGAUGCAGGUCUGAAGGGCCGUUUGCUACCAGACCGAAUGAACCUUAGGGCUUCCAGCAUGCAGAUCUCUCCUGCCCCCUCCACCUUUAGACCUCA